GGAGUGCAGCAGUAUUUUUUUUCUCUCGCCCUUUUUCUAGUGGCCAAAUUUCAUCCUCGCGGAUUCCUUUUUCUCGGUGGACCGGAUUACCAUCAAGGAUUGUCACGCGAAUUGCCCGGUGGUGCACUUAGCUGCAGACAGAGUCCACGGAGUGUGGUGGACGUGUUUAAAUCCGGUUUUUGAUCAGCCGGGCUAUACGAUCGGGGUGCGAGUUGAAGAAGGAAAAAAAAAGCACAGUGGUUCGGUGUGACGUCGCACACCAUUUUUCUUUUUCGUGUUCGGUCGCAAUCGAAAUUCGUCAGUGGCGGACGAAUUUAAACUGCAUAUUCUCCGAUAAGAGAGAAUAGUGAAAACGUGAAAAGUGUUUCGGUGCUCGGUUCAACGAUAAGAAUUAAAGCAGGUUGCCGGCUGGCGGCGUCGUGCAGUGCACCGAAGUGAUAGCCUAAUCGCGCGUUGACUGAUUUCCUGCCUAACUGCAAUUGCAACAGUGUUGUAUGGCAGCAAGUAAGCUGCUGUGUGCUGCCAAAACAAAAUCGGUGCUCGGACACAUCAAGCAUGUAUUAAGUAAGGUUCAGUGAUUCGAACAUUGUGAACAAUUCAGGGGGUUUCUUAGUGUGGGCGGAAGACGUUUCGUUUAAACUUUUGCUUGUGAGGUGGGUUGUGAAAGAAAAAAAAGUGCAGUAAUUGUAGAAAACGGAAGAGGACAGCAGGGAAGUGAGUGAGACGGCUACAUUUAGCCGAACCUAGCCAAGUAGAGCCGGAACUGAUCCGAGCUCAAGUUAUGGAUCCGGCGGUCGCUUGGUUUCAGGAAGAGCAGGAAGGACCCGCGAAGCGUAUGUGGAUGGGCAUUUGGGAAACCAUGUCUGAGUUAGACCCUCCGUUGACUGUACCAGCAGAAAAUCAGAAACCGCAACGUGCCGGAGUGGAAAAGUCCAAUCGCGGCGGCGGUGGCGGUGGAGAGAAUCGUAUAAUUGCUGGCAAUGGUGGCGGUGGUGUUGGCGGUGUUGGCGGAGGAGGUGGCGAUGAUUCACACCAUCAUUCAAACCACCAUCAUCAUCACCACCAUGGCAGUGCAUUAAGUGAAAACAAUAACAACAACAACAAUAAUAGUAACAAUAUUGGUAACGGAAACGGGAACAACGGCAACAACACUCCUACGGGUGGUGGAGGUGGCACUAUUCUAGUCAACAACAGCAACGAAAAGAACUUUAAUCCGACGCGGAAGAAAGCUGGUAGCACCGUUGACAAUAAGGCCAGUACAUACAACAUGAAUAGACAGCAUGGGCGGUUGAUUGGAACUCACGGUGGCUGCCCGUGGCGUCCACCGACCUUCAAGUACGGAAAAGGAAUCAUUGGGCUGCACGAGGAGAUUGAACAAUUUUACGCCCACAUGAUACCGACCCCGACGGAGCAUGCGCUGAGGGUACAGGUGGUUGCGCGGAUAGAAGCUAUCGUGCUGAAUCUCUGGCCAAUGGCCCGGGUGGAGAUGUUUGGUUCAUUCCGUACCGGGCUCUACCUUCCAACGAGUGAUAUAGAUCUGGUCGUAAUUGGCCGUUGGGAUAAGCUGCCGUUGCGAACUCUGGAAAACGAACUGAUCAAUCGCGGUAUUGCGGAACCGAUGUCGGUACGCGUGCUGGACAAGGCUUCGGUGCCCAUUGUCAAGCUGACCGACCGGGAGACGCAGGUUAAGGUGGACAUCUCGUUCAACAUGCAGUCCGGCGUGCAGUCGGCCGAAUUGAUCAAGGAUUUCAAACGCAAGUACCCGGUGCUGGCCAAGCUGGUACUGGUACUGAAACAGUUCCUGUUGCAGCGCGAUCUGAACGAGGUGUUCACCGGUGGUAUUUCGUCCUACUCGCUGAUUUUGAUGUGUAUCAGCUUCCUGCAGCUGCACCCGCGGGCCAAUCUGCACCAGACCACCAAUCUGGGCGUGCUGUUGCUGGAAUUUCUUGAACUGUACGGUAGAAAGUUCAAUUAUAUGAAGACUGGAAUUAGUGUUAAAAAUGGCGGCCGUUAUAUACCCAAAGAGGAGCUACAGCGAGAAAUGAUAGACGGCCAUCGGCCAAGCUUGUUGUGCAUUGAGGACCCUUUGACUCCCGGCAACGAUAUUGGGCGAUCAUCUUACGGGGCCCUCCAAGUGAAGCAAGCGUUCGAGUAUGCGUACAUCGUACUGAUGCAAGCUGUAUCUCCGCUCAACAAAUUCCUCAACGACUGCAAUCGGCAAAGUAUCCUAGGGAGAAUAAUCCGAGUGACGGACGAGGUAAUCGAUUACCGCAAAUGGAUCAAGGAAACGUUCGAAUCAAGACUGAUAGCGACGCAGACAAUUGUGCCGACGAUAUUGAACGACCCGCUGAAUCCGCAUAUUCCGUUGCACCUUCAACCACAGCAACAGCAACAGCAGCAACAACAACCGCAUCAACAGAUUAUCUACACUCGACGGCGCAACAGUUUGUCCAGUGUAGAUACCUCGGAGGAGAGCAUGGACAGUGAUGCGGAUUCGAACUCCGUGUCGAGGGAUAUUUCACCGACCAGUAUAAACCGAUCGCCGGAGCUAGUGCGCGAGAUGCAGCAGCAUGCCAACGGCACCGGUGGGACGGUGGUUGUGCUCACCUCACAUAUUCCACAGCAUCCGCAUGAAGUGCUGAUAGAGGAGAAUAAUGUUAUAAACCUGGCGAUGGCCCAGCAGCAGACUCUGGACGGCAUCAACGAAAAUCAGAUGAUUCCCUAUAAUAUAAACAACCGCCGCAGUACGUCUUCACCGCAUCAGAUCGUCAGCGGGGGUAAGAAUGCACCGAUGAACAUCUAUACUCCUCGCAGCAGUUCGGAGCGAAUGGCCAACAACAAUAACAACCAGCAGCAACCGUCCGGCGGUAACACUCUGGUGCGGCACCAUAGCAAACAUCGACGGUCAGUGAUUGGUUUGCUGGGCCACUAUAUGAUUAAUCCGAACGCUAAUGCCAAUCUGAUGAAUCUGACCAACAGCAACGCCAACAGUGGUGGCAGUAAGGAGGACAAUUUGCACCAGAGCAAUAACAAUGGCAAGGAGCCGAAGCAGCAGACGCCAAGCCAGCCAUUGUACAGUAUGAGCAGCAAAAAGUCUGCCCAGCAGUCGGCUGUGAGUGCUGCAUCGUCCUCUUCGAAGCGCAAGAAAACUAUCUCGCCAACGGACAACAAGAAGGGCGGUCCACUUGGCGGCGGUGGUAGCAACAGUGGCAGCGGCAUGGAUAGCCGAUGAUAGCAUGCGAGGCAUCAGCAUUGUGCACGGUACGUGCACUACUGCUUUUAAUCUGUAACGCUAUCUACCACUACCCCCAGUUCAUUGACGGAACGCUACUAGAAAUACAGCUAGUACAUUUCAUUCGACUCUGCAGACCGGGAAAAGGUCCAUAUUAACGGAUUGUAUAGUGGUUCAGCUAUACUGCUGUAUACAGAAUAUAAUAGGUGUGUAAAAUCUAAGAGAUUUCUUUCGUCGCGGACCGUCUUUGCCAUCGACAUCACAAUGUCGCGUUUACUUUUUGUCUCAGUGUACAGUUGCUCUAUUUGUAUGGAACUUUUAUCAUUGAUACCGAUCGUAGUGCUGCAGCAAGGGGUAGCUAACUCACCCGAAUUUCGCGUGUGAAGUCGUCACUGCCCUCCCUUUCCCCUUUGACUACAGCGGAUGCGCAUCCCCGUCGAAUCCCCAUCACAGUCAGACGAAAAAGAGAAUAGACUAUCAAAGUUAAUACCAGUUAGAGAAAGCUAAGCUUAGUAAUUUUGCGCUAUCGCAGCUGAUACGCGUGAUAGGCCGUGUGAUUAUCGUUUAAUAAUUAUCCAUAAAAGUCAUAACUUUAUGCCCACUACACAUACCUACUUACAUAGACACACAUUCGGAAGAUCUAAUAACCAACGACUGUUAUAGCAAAUAUUAACUAACAUUCUACGUAGCGGCAAACAAUAUAUAUCAUCCUUCUCAAACACAUACACACAUACACAACAGAUACACUCGCACAUUCGGCCGCCGCCGGCCGUUUGAUCUGCCCAGACAGGGCUGGCCAAUUAGUAGAGGGUACUUGUAUAAAUGAAAACAACAAUCUUAACCAACGCAGUUCGGAGUAAUCGCUGUAGAUCUAUCGUUUUAGCGAAGAAACAGAUUUUUGGGUAUCGUGAUUGUUUGAACAUUUUUGUACUCGCCACACAACUGGUGACACUCUAUGCUAGUAAGAAAUAUAAUAUAUACCACGAUGGCAGACAGGAGAGCUACUACAGGGCAGAAGUUUAGUCUAAAUUAAGUACUAUUAUCAUUAUUGCGUUGUUCUAUCGCAUUAGAGAAGGUUUUAUUUCUCGCUCACUGUUGUGCAUCAAUCAUAUCAUGCGGUGUUGUUCGGAAUAGCAGGUUGAGGCGGUUAGGAAGUGAAACCUAAUGAU